AAGCCAUGACGACAACAUCAGUCCUGUUCUGCCUGGCGGCGCUGCUCACUAUCUACUCACAUGCUGCCGGCAGUAUCAACUGCAGGAAACAAGCGUUUCAUCCGAUGUGUCGAGGAGUACAGGUGAAGCGAGCACGAACACCCGGGCAUCACAUUCUUCACAACACUACCCCUAGGAAGCUAGACGAUGAACUGCCAGAGCCCGAGUACAACCCUGAGAGUAUUGACGUCACGAACGAAGUCCUCCAAGCCAUGCCCCGCCGCAACCCCGCUCUCUGGAACUACCUGGGGGAUCGUCCCGCCAACCUGCUACUCGCCCGCCGCACUCUUGACCAGGAGCCUCUCCCCCUCGAACUCACAUAUGACUACGAAUAACGUCGAUGCCUUCACAUCAAUCUCUGUUAGCCGUUGUUUCUUCUACUGUAAAUAGAACUUGACGUGUGGGUCUCUCCUGAAUUCUCUCGUCUAUAUCUUCUCGUCCUGCUUCUGUGAUCUUUCGAUGUCAACCGAGUCUGAGAGAGGAUAAGCACUGACAGCUUAGGGCUAAUAUUUCACUCAAGUUGUCAUACAUGAAGGUCAUCCUAUUCAUUUCUGUAAAGGUUUAAAUAAUAUCAGCUAACCUGCUAAGUCUUUUUUUUAAUGUAGGACCAAUUAUUACAAUUUUACUUUUUAAAUUGAUAUAAAAUAAUAUUCACAAAAUUAUUACUCUAAAGCAUAUACUGUACUAUGUGAUUCCUAAAAUAAACUAAUUAGAAAUUAUUGGAACGUAAAUUUGUUUCAAAGGCAACAAACAUUUACAAGCCUAAUAGAAGUUUCACUAAAACAUAUGAGCAUUAAACUUAAUUAUCUACAAAAUUAGAACACUGCAUAACAUUGAGAAUUUGAAACCAAAUGUAAACCAAAGUUUCCUUGUUUUACUUAAGUUAUUGAAAUAAAUUUACUGUCAAUUUUUUAACUACUCGUAAUAGUCAUCAUCUAAAAUCAAUAUUAUUUGAGGGUAUUAUAAAGUGAUAACGUUUUCAAGUUAUUGUAUAUUUUUACUUUCCGUCUGAUAAGCGUCAUUGUUCUAAGAUAUACAUAAAUUUGCAGCAUCUCAUUCCAACUUUUUCCAGCUAAAUGUGAUUAUCAACCAAGACCGUUAUCCGAGAGAGAAAAUAAUUAAUUGUGUCCGCCUUCUUGCCAUUCAAUCCUGAAACUGUUUAUACCUAUUUAAUUAAGUGGCAGUUAUGUUAUCUAUGUAUAGUAAUUGUAUGAAUACAUGCAUUCAAUCAAAUUGUACAGUUUUAUUUGUGAGUACAGUAUUUUGUCGACAA